UGUAGUUCUGUGUUUGGCAGCCUCCAAAUGGUGUUUGAGUUGCUUACUUGGGGACAUUAGGAUACUGUGAAAUACAGUUUACUCUGAUAAUGACAGAACCUUGGUUGUAUUUAAUAUCAGUUCUUCUUGACAAAGCUGUUAAUACCUAUGUCAAGUUCUAAUUUAAAGAGAAAACAUAGUCUAACCUUGGUAAAAGUUCAAUGACAGUCAUUUCUCAUUUAUUAUUUGCCUAUGUCAACUUGCUCCUGAGAUGGCAAAUGUUUGAACUUGGCAACGUGUGAUAUGAAAUAGGGACACUCAUUGACCCAUUUAAGGAUGAAACUUUUAAACUUUAGCCAAUUAGCAUCACCCACUGAGUGCAGUACGAUAGAAUGGCAGAUCUGUAAGCACCUUUUAACUCUUUUGUCCUCAUUUCAAAGCCUUGUUCAUUCUCUUGUUCAUUCAAAGCCUUGUUUAGCAUGGAGUAUGACUGGGACUGGGAAGAAAAAGAAGCAUGUUGUCACUUGAGUAAAACUGCCUCAGAAAUGUUACCAAGUUAGGGUUGGGUGUUUCCUUUGGGAGCAAACAGGCCUAAACAGUGCCUUCCACAUCCUGUAGCUACUAGGAAGGCACCAUGAUUGAGAUUAGAGAUGCUCCUUUAGCUAAUUUUUAAACAAGUUUAAAUUAACCUUAUGAAGUAUGGGAAUGGGAAGAUGCUACAAAGGACCUGUAUCAUACAGUAUUUGUCUCUUGCACAAAACAGGAGCUACACAAAAAAUGGUAAAGGGAGAGGGGAGGCAGGAUAAGCCCAAAGACCAGUGGAGAAACAUAAAUCUAGUUUAUUGGAUUAACUUCUUUGAUAAGUUUCUUAUAUAUCAAAUGAGAAAAUAUUAUUUACACCCAAAGAGAACUAAUACAUAGCUCAGAAUAACUCUAAGAAUCAAAUGAAGUUUAAAUGCUAUAACACAGUAUUUAAUAAAUGGCACCUAACUCAAUAAUACACUUUACCAUAUUAAAAAAAAAUAGAAUGUAGAAAGCAGAAUAAAGUCAACAGAUUAUAUGUGUAAAUAACAGACUAUGUUAGGCAGGGGUGGGUAUCAUGAGGAUUAGUGUGAUAGUGACCUUGUUGCUAAGUACAAAAGCAAAACAAUGACAUAAAAACAAGUGCUAAGUACUGAGUGGAGGAGAGAGAUGGAGGCAGACGCUUCGGAAAAAAAAGACUGAUUAAAAAGGGCCCUUUGAUUCCACAGGCACAAAAAUCCACAGCCAGGAAUUUGCUGCCACCUCUGAGUCAGGCAGGGGGUGGGGAUGGGGGUGCACAAUCCCAUUAGAGAAUGCCCAGUGGAUUUAGUCUGUGGGAGUCACAUUUCUUAUUUGGCCCAGUGAAGACAGAAGCAAACCAGCUCACUUGUUUCCUGGGACAGUUGAUUUAGGGGAUGGCUUUCGCAGAGCAGUCACCUCUGACCCUUCACCGCCGGGACCUCUGUAGCCGUUCUAUCUGGCUAGCAAGGAAGAUUCGUUCAGACCUGACUGCUCUUAUGGAAUCUUAUGUGAAGCAUCAGGGCCUGAAUAAAAAUAUCAACCUGGACUCUGUGGAUGGUGUGCCAGUGGCAAGCACUGAUCAUUGGAGUGAGAUGACUGAGGCAGAGCGACUCCAAGAGAACCUCCAGGCUUACCGUACCUUCCAUGGGAUGUUGGCCAAGCUUUUAGAAGACCAGAGGGUGCAUUUCACCCCAACUGAAGGUGACUUCCAUCAGGCAAUACAUACUCUUCUGCUCCAAGUUUCUGCCUUUGCCUACCAGCUAGAGGAGUUAAUGGUGCUUCUGGAACAGAAGAUCCCUGAAAAUGAGGUUGAUAGGAUGCCUGUCACUGUUGGAAAUGGUGGCCUCUUUGAGAAGAAGCUAUGGGGCCUGAAGGUCCUUCAAGAGCUUUCACAGUGGACCGUGAGGUCAAUCCAUGACCUCCGUGUCAUUUCCUCUCAUCAGAUGGGAAUCUCAGCACAUGAGAGCCAUUAUGGGCCCAAGGACAAGCAAAUGUAGCAGUUAGCCCUUCCCUCUCCUUUCUUGUUCUGGUGAGAUAUAGAUAGUUCCCUGAGGCCUCGUUUUCUCAGAAUCAAUUUUUGAAAACCUUAAACUGCAGGCAUUUUCAUCAAGUAGGGUUGGCUCACAUAUGAACAGAUGGAUAUAAAGGGUUGUUCUAGGUGUAUGCAUAUGUAUGCACAUGCUUUUUUUUGUAUUGGUGAUACAGUAGAGUAGAAACAAGGGCACUAUCCUCAUACCUUAGUGCUUUGACGUUCCUUGAUACUAAGUGGCCUUUCUAGGCAUUUAACAGUUUUACAGACAGAAGAGAAAUUGUUACUAGUUCUGGUUGACUUCUGAAAAGACUGAAUAAAGAAAUAGGAAGUCCUAGACUAUCGCUGUUGAAAUUACCAUAAUAAAAAUAACAUUGCUGUGCUGAGGCAA